AUGACGGCUGUAGCACACGCAAGGUCAGCCGCAAAAGAGCAAACAGGCCUGGGCGAUGGAGGGCUUGAGUUCAAGGCCGAUUGGGCGGUCUCCGAUGUUGAAGCUAUCGCGACGGGGUCCGACAUCGACGAUAAGGCCAGGAAGCAGGCGACUCCAAUGCCUCGUUCGGACAAUGGCGUAGUUCUUCGGCAGUCCGAGCGGUUGAAGAGCAAGACUAAGACGCGCCUAACCUGA